AAUAAACUCCAGACACACAGCUCUUCAGGCGAUGGACAGAGACCCUGUGAACCGGUCACAGAUAUUACUCCACUUUGAACAGAAGCAGCACAUCAUGCCUUCCCGGGCCGUGAAGCGCCAAGGCCCGGAGACAUUCCACCGCGCACUGGUGCAGGGAGAUCUGGCGCUGCUGAAGUCUAUGGUUGGCGAGUACCAUGAAGACGUCAACCUGCUGUUCGACAUCUGCCAUGAUGAGAUGGAGUGGCAGGCGAAACCCCUGGCGAUCGGCAUCUCAGGACUCUGGUCUCUGGAGUACAAGCGCGAGCUGACCAGCCCCCUGUGCAUCGCAGCGAGCCGCGGCUACACCAGCUGCCUCCAGUACUUGCUCCAGCGCGGAGCGAAGCCCAACCUGAUUCCGGGAAGCAGGAGCCCCCUACACCUGGCCUGCGCCAACGCCUACACUGACUGCACGGAGCUUCUGCUCGAGUAUGGAGCAAACCCAAGGCUGCAGACGGAGGAUGGAAUAACCCCCCUGCACCUCUGCGACUCCCCUCAGUCCUUUUGGUGUGCAAAGUUACUCCUAAAGUAUCGUGCAGAUGUCAACCAGUUGACCGAGGAGGAUCAGGAGACCCCUUUGCAUGUGGCGGCCAAGCAGGGUCUUCAUAGUCAUGCCCACCUCUAUCUCAGAUACGGGGCCUCUGUGGAUGUCAUGAAUGUCCACCAGGUGUCACCACUGAGCUGCGCCUGUGCCAGUGCGGUGGAACUGGCGAAGCAGAAGGACUAUCUGCAGGUGUGCAAACUCCUGAUUGCGUACAGCGCCAACGUGAACUCUGUGGACACUGAGAAGCGGAGCCCACUGCACAAGGCUUCCCGAAAUGCCAGCGUCCAGCUGGUCCAGCUGCUGCUGAAGCACGGAGCAGACGUCAACGCCAUUGACUACAACGGUUGCUCCCCCUUGGCCAAUGCCAUACAGGCUGCUCCUUUCAAGAAAGAACUUGAACCCCAACGCACAGUACAAACUUUACUCAAUCACGGAUCUCAAAGGGUGUGGCCAGGAGCCUUUCUGAAGGUGCUGAAAAGUUGUGCGGAUUCUCCCAAAACUGUCGAAGUCUUGUUUAAUUCCUACCAACAAAUUCAGGUCACAGAGGAGUGGAUGGAAGCUGUCCCCAAGGAAAUAUUUCAGGUGCAUCGGCCAUUCUAUGAGUCCCUCUUUGCCCUAGCCUCUGGCCCCCGCUCCUUGCAACACCUGUGCCGAUUUGCUGCCAGGAAGCUGUUCGGAAAGCAGUGCUCCACCAUCGUUCCCCAGCUACCAAUCCCAAAGCGCCUACAUGGAUAUCUUCUCCUGGAGCCAGAGGACCUGGUGUAUUAACUCCUUUGGAUGUCGGUCCAUCAUCUUCUGCUUCACUGCACAGCAAACACUGCAAGAAGUUCAAAAGCCAAAGAGUCUGCAUCACUGGCUACUUGGUUUGGAGCCUAUAUUCUCUGGACUUUUGAGGGAAUCUCUCUGUUGAAAUUUAGAUGUUUAUAAUGAUUAAAGGAGUAGGGGUGUUGAUCGAAAUAAACCAUUUCUUCUGGCGGGUGAGUUGAAAGUGUUAAAAGUAAGCUUCGGGACAAACGUGGAUGGCUGAGGGAUCUCCUGCACUGAUGACAGAACUUGAGGUUCUGCCCUGUAUCUGGCUGGUCAUUUGCUGGGAAGGGGAAUCUUUGUGCCACUUUAACAAACAUGAAGUUAAACAACAGUGAUAUAGGCUGCAGUAUGAGUAAAGUGUGUACUGUACGUGCGCAUGAAUUGCACAUGUGUGUCUAUGAUGAGUCAAAGCAUCAACAUCCAAAGUAAUUUCCCAACAUCUUUUCCAAGGUAACCUUCCAAUGGUGGGUUUCCAUAUCUGAACAACAUGCUGACGUAUGUUUACAAACACCACAAGCUAUCUAAUGUAUGUUUUGCCUUAGAAGACUUAAAGAAAAUUCCUAUCCUAUUCCUCUCCAUAGAUGCUGCCUGACCUGCUGAGUUCCUCCAGCACUGUGUGUGUGUUUCUCUGAAUUUACAACAUCUGAAGAAUCCCUUGUUGUGUUUAAGAAGAAUUCUAGCUUGUUUCCUUAUGUCUGCCCUCUGCUGGCCGCUGUAUUGUUGCCCUGAUCUGAAAGACUGUGCUCUCUUCCUACUGGGGUCAUCUUGUCCCUGCUCCUCCGGUCACUCAGAUGGUAUCGUUGCAGAGUGCCGUGUGUCCUGAAGGGGGCGAUGGUGCUACAAGAUUGACAAUGAAAGCCGGCUGACCAUUGGUCACGUCUCUUGAAGGAGAGCACCAUCGUGAGUGGGGUUAACCCCACCAGCGCCCGAGUAAUUCACAGCAUUAAAAAGGAUAGUUGCUACCUCAUUUCAGGAACUGGAGAGAUAUUUCAUUCGUGUCACGUUGCAGCGAUCUGUCCGGAUCCCUUGGAAUAAGGCAGAAUUUCCCUGAACACACUACCUAUAUUUGUACCAUAUUAUGCAGCGGACUUCGGGCACUACUUGGUAACAGAUGGCAACGGAAGUGGUUCCAGUUAGAUAUAGAUAUUGAAGGGAUUAAAUGGUGGUGUAUGUCUCACAACGACGGAUUUCCAAUGCAAUUCCCUCUCUGUGAAAUUCAGACAUUACCAUACAGAAACGGCAGCGGUUACAAUAAACCGCUGAAUCGAUCCUCGGUUUUUCAUGUUCCAAGCAAAUUUGGCUCGCAUGAUACACCGAGGGUGAACGAGUCGAGAAACACUUCUUGACAGUAUCAAUUCCGCUUUAAGACCCGGGGAAAGUAUCCAAUCCCGCCGCAAACUUCCACCGGCUCCCCUUUCACGUUCGGAGUGACACUCGCAUUCCCUGGUCGCUGAGGGCAUGCCUCGAGAAGAGACCCUCCCCGCAUUUGUGCCAACAUUUUACGUCUUGCCCUUAAUGUUUUCCCCGAUUACAAGCAGAUUCUUCCGGUAAAGAGCUUAUGCACAUUCUCCAAAAAAAAACCCAUCAAAACACGAGACAUUAACAAGACAAUGUAUUUAAUUGGUACAGGGGUUUGCUAAUGAUACGGAUCGACGGACAGUUUUAUAUAUUUUUUUAAAAAUUUAUUUUGUCAUCACAACCUCGUCUUUCUAAUAACAUUUAACAUACCAAACAAGAGGCAAAACACUUUGUCAAUUUAAAAUGCAUUAGCAUUAAUGUAACAUUUUCGUAUUACACAGAAUGCAGCAAAUUACAAAUAUUUUGAGAGAGAAAUUUUGAUGAGAAAAAAACAUAUUCUCCUUGAACAUUUUAUAAUGUUAUCAUAAAUCAUUAAGACUCCAGUUCAUAUAUUGAUGCGUUUGGGGUAAUGAUUUACAAUUUCAAAAGUGUCUGGUAUACUAUUUGUCUAAUGACUGUGCGAUUAAAUUCACUUUUUAAAUGA